AACCGCAUCAUUUUUUCUUCACUGAUAAGGAUCACCGGAUUCAGUGACGACUACGCCGAGCAGAACCAAGUGGCGCAGCAAUAUCUGAGAUGGGGAAGACCGUACUUGAUUCCGGAAUCAAGGACAUCUUGGAGAAUGAGACCAUCAUAGAUAUAGCUGAUUCAGUGAGGGAGUAUUAUACAAUCUGGUUUUUCACAGCAUUUCAGUCUAAGCUGACUUGUUCUGGAAAUGGGAAGUCUGCGGAAAAUUUGUCCCCAAUGUCCCAGGACCCUAGCCAAUAUCUUGAUGGCACUGGCAUUUAUAUCCAAGGAUCCAAGUGGGACGGCUUUGCAAAUGGGAAGGGUGAUUUCACCGAUGGACCUAAUGAAAUCCAGAAUCCUGAAGACUUCUUUGAGGAUGACGACUUCAACAACUAUGGGUUCAAUCCGGCGGUUGGUUCUGUAGGGAGGUCAGUUGCAACUACUAUCAGAGCAACAAUGCCUCCGGAAGGUUGGAAAAUUCCGUGUUUAAGAAACUUCCCAAUGGUUACGUAGGAGAAGUUCCAAACCCCACAUGGGAGUACCAUAGAUACAUUUCCUAUUCAAAACCAGGCAAGUAAUAACAUUUCUUUCAAACA